AGCCCUUCGGCUGCGUGUGUGAGGAGCCGCCGCAGGACGUGCGGACGGUUUGCGGAGCCCGUUAGUGCCCCCGGCUGAGAGUCACCCCGCCGAUAUGUCCCGCUACCUGCGCCCCCCCAACACGUCUCUGUUCGUGAGGAACGUGGCUGACGACACCAGGUCUGAAGAUUUACGUCGAGAAUUUGGUCGCUAUGGUCCUAUAGUUGAUGUGUAUGUUCCACUUGAUUUCUACACACGACGUCCAAGAGGAUUUGCUUAUGUUCAAUUUGAGGAUGUUCGUGAUGCCGAAGAUGCUUUACAUAAUUUGGACAGAAAAUGGAUUUGUGGCCGUCAAAUUGAAAUCCAGUUUGCACAGGGAGAUCGUAAGACACCAAAUCAGAUGAAGGCCAAGGAAGGAAGGAAUGUAUAUAGUUCUUCUCGCUAUGACGAUUAUGACAGAUACAGACGUUCUCGAAGCCGAAGCUAUGAAAGGAGGAGAUCAAGAAGUCGGUCUUUUGAUUACAACUACAGAAGAUCAUAUAGUCCUAGAAACAGUAGACCGACUGGAAGACCACGACGUAGCAGAAGCCAUUCCAACAAUGAUAGAUUCAAACACCGAAAUCAAUCUUUUUCAAGAUCUAAAUCCAAUUCAAGAUCACGGUCCAAGUCCCAGCCCAAGAAAGAAAUGAAGGCUAAAUCACGUUCUAGGUCUGCAUCUCACACCAAAACUAGAGGCACCUCUAAAACAGAUUCCAAAACACAUUUUAAGUCUGGCUCAAGAUAUGAAAAGGAAUCAAGGAAAAAAGAACCACCUAGAUCCAAAUCUCAGUCAAGAUCACAGUCUAGGUCUAGGUCAAAAUCUAGAUCAAGGUCUUGGACUAGUCCGAAGUCCAGUGGCCACUAAUAGUAUAUAAAACAUGAUAUUUUUAGGCAUGUAUCAUUCAUUUACUCAUAGUUUUGGUUUACUUAAAUUAUCAGGAAUACAAUGUUGCAAUGAUGCUUAAAAAAAAACAACACUUGUUAGUUUUCCCUGUACCAGGCAAUGGUUUUAAUUGAAAUGAUAUGCUGUUGAGAAGCCACUUAUGAGUCCAGUUUGUUUAAUGUUAUGGGCAGCUACCAAUUUGUGGUGUCUCUGUAUAUUUUUGUAAAAAUUCUCAUUUUUUGUUUGAAGUAUUGGUAAAAAGAUGCUGGUUGACCAUAAUUUGCAACAUUGUCUUAUUAAAAAUAAACUUUCAUAGCCGUAGUUGGGAGAACUGUGAACCUAGAAAUGUAGGUGGUUAAGAUAGAGCGAUACAGACGUGAGUGGUAGCAGCAGGACAACACUUGACUGCUCAGACACAUCUAGGUUCAGGGUGGACCUUCAUGCCGUGUUAGGAGACUAGGCCUGUAGGAGACUAGGCCUGUGGUUGGUGAGUUUAUUUCAAGUUGCAGUGUAGAAUGAUUCUCUCAUUAGCCAGCUGGGUUAAGUAGCAUUUUUCAGGGAGAUUGAGUGUUUGACUAAAACAUGGAGCCUUUGCUGCCUUUUUUUUUUUUUUUCCUGAUUUCUAUGAAGACUUGAAACAUAGAAACUUAAGGAAAAAUUCGAGUUUGAGCAGAUGGAUGAUCGCAGGACUAAUUUUGGGGUUGGGGAGGGUACUCUUGUAAUUUACUCUAAAUUUUAAAGAGCAUUGUUGAUGCCCAUAAUAUUGCUUAGUUUUCUUUGUUAGAAGCAAAUAGUUUGAAAGUAGGCUUUGUAUGGUCCUGCCUCAUGAACAAGGCCUCUGACGAUCCAAGCGUUUAAUAUGAAGCAAGUUGAAAGACAACACUCCCAUUUCUAGGUGAUUCUGUGGUGCCAUGAGAUUUAAAAUAAUUUGGGUGAGAAAUUUACUCAUUUAUUAAGCAAGAGUGGCAUCUUGGAAUUCUUUUAUUAUUUUUUUCUUUUUUGUAGACCUGGCAAUACCUGACCAAAAAAUAAAGUAAUUACCCUUAGCCAUUUAUAAUUUCUAAUGUUUCUCUGAAAGAUCAUUUUGGGGACAGGAGGGUGAUUUGACAUGUCUAAACCACAUUUCAGAAUCAAAGCUAGCAUCUUCUAAAAUCCCAGAUUGCUUGCUUGCAAAUAAAAGUAAGAAUUGCUGUGAAGAAGCAAUUCCUUUUAGAGGAUUACUGUUUCCACUUUUGGUUUUCGUUAAUCUAGACCUGCCUGUAAAGAACAAACGUUGGUUUUAAAAAUUGUUUGUGGAAUGUGUUUUGAAGGAUUGAUUCUAGAACCUUUGUAUAUUUGAUAGGAUUUCUAACUUUUCAUUUCUCUGUUUGCAGUUAAUGUUCAUGUUCUGCUAUGCAAUCAUUUAUAUGCACGUUUCUUUAAUUUUUUUAGAUUUUCCUGGAUGUAUAGUUUAAACAACAAAAGUCUAUUUAAAAUUGUAGCAGUAGUUUGCAGUUCUAGCAAAGAGGAAAGUUGUGGGGUUAAACUUUGUAUUUUCUUUCUUAUAGAAGCUUCUAAAAAGGUAUUUUUAUAUGUUCUUUUUAACAAAUAUUGUGUACAACCUUUAAAACAUUGAUGUUUGGAUCAAAACAAGACCCAGCUUAUUUUCUGCUUGCUGUAAAUUAAGCAAACAUGCUAUAAUAAAAACAAAAUGAAGGAAA